AGCAUUUUCCUACUGCAAAGAGGAACAGGAGUUACUGGCUUUCCAACCAUAAGUAGUUUGCUACAAAUAUAGGAGGAGAGAUGUUAGGCUUCUGUUUUCGGCCAGACUAUCCCUAAUGAAAUGGUGGACUAAAGAUCCAUUUUCUGGGAUGGAAGCUCUGAGAACUGUCAGUUAAACAGCCUACGUUCCAGGACCUGCGCAGCCUCAUAGUGAGUGGCCUCUGGAUAGCUGUGUAACUUUUACAUUCUAAUGUAAAUCCUUGAUCCUGAUGUGGCUUUCCAGAGUUCAUCCCAGGCCAUUUGAAAAUGCAGUGACCUCUGAGCAUUUCAGGAUUUGCUGGAGGAGUCUGGACCUACGGUGUGACUAAUGUGUUUCAGAACGUACACUCCUGGAGAAAGGACUGUCAAGUCUUUCUCUUAGACGGCUGUUUAUCAGCAUAGGGACAUUUCCGGUGAGACUGAGAACUACAAAUAAUGCUGGUGAAUGUGGCCAAUACUGCCCUGGUUUACACAGCCAAUGCAAUUCCCCUUUAUUCCAUCUGCGUUAUAUGGCUCUUUGAUCAUAGAGUGGAGCUGACUUCAGAGACGGAUAUCAUGAAGUCUGAUGUUGAAGAAAACUGCAUAGGUAAGCUUAGUGAGACCACCCAGCUUCCUCUUUCCAUAAAGAAAUGAGCGCAGUAGUUCACACUCUGAAAAGGAGGCACUAGGGCCCUGAGUUAAGAAUCUUGUUUUUUUGUUUUUGACCACACGGGCUGUUACGCACUAAUUUCCUUUAAGACUUGCAAUGAAGUCAGUAAACCACAGCCUUCAGCAGGCGCUCUCCAUGCUGGUGCUUUCCAUUAUGAUAUGCACUUGACAUGUCCAUCCUCUGCUUGGCCAGACCAGUCUCUCCCUGUCACGCAACAUGGACCAAAGAGAGAUUCUGCUGCAAAACCUGGACAGGGCCCAAAGCAGGAAACUUAACAGAGAGGAGUUUGCAAACGAGUUUUUGAAGCUGAAAAGGCAAUCAACAAAAUACAGAUCAGACAGAAUAUACCUAACUGCAGCGUCUGAGCAACCAGAAAACAUCAAGAAAAAUCGAUACAAGGACAUCUUACCCUUUGAUCACAGCAGAGUGGAGCUCUCCCUCAUCACAUCAGAUAAAGAUUCUCAUUACAUAAAUGCCAACUUCAUCAAGGGGGUAUAUGGGCCAAGGGCUUAUAUAGCUACCCAGGGUCCUCUCUCCACCACUGUUCUUGACUUCUGGAGGAUGAUUUGGGAAUAUGAAGUCCUGAUUGUGGUUAUGGCUUGCAUGGAGUUUGAAAUGGGGAAGAAAAAGUGUGAGCGGUACUGGGUUGAGGUGGGCAAUUCCCCACUCCAGUGUGGUCCUUUCACCAUCACUUGUGAAUUGGAGGAAAAGAAAACUGAAUAUGUGAUUCGGACUCUAAAGGUGACACUGAACAAAGUAAUUCGCACUAUUUAUCAGUUCCAUCAUAAAAACUGGCCAGACCAUGAUGUACCCUCCUCCAUCAACCCCAUCCUUAAGCUUAUCUGGGAGAUGCGCUGCUACCAGGCAGAUGACAACAUCCCCAUCUGUAUUCACUGCAGUGCUGGUUGUGGGAGAACAGGAGUUAUUUGUGCCAUUGAUUAUACCUGGAAGCUGCUGAAGGAUGGGAUUGUUCCAGAGAACUUCAGUAUUUUUAGUCUGGUCCAGGAAAUGCGCACACAAAGGCCAUCAAUAGUACAAACCAAGGAACAGUAUGAGUUGGUCUACGACGCUGUGAUCGAACUCUUUAAAAGACAGAUUGAAAUGCUCUCUGUCCAGUCAGACUCUGCUGCCACAGAGAUUCAAACAAACCAUCUAAGACUCCAGCCGCUUCUGAGCCCACUGGAAGAAACUUAUUCUCUGACACUACCAAGCUGUUCAGCACGAGGGGAACAGGAGCUACAUCAACGUUCUGAUCAUAUGGUACAAGGAGAAAUAUCACUGACUGAUGCGUCGAGCUGUAGGCCCUCAACAGUACAUGACAACUCUGGGCACAGUGUUCCUCCCAUUAGACAAGCCCUUUCUUCUGGGGCCUUGAACUUCAGCAGCAGCAAGAAUGCAGGUGCCGCUGUGAAAUGGGACACUCUGCUGUCUGGGGAACCACUCCAGAAACAUCACAGCUUAGACUUGAGCAGCAUUGUUUCUGAGGCGCUUCCUCUGAACCUGAAAUCUACAGCUGCAUGUAGGGGAAACCCUUGUGUCAAGGCCCCAUUAAUACAAACCAAAUCAACUCCCUUUGAGUUACUGCAACAGAGAGACACCCGGGAACUGGAUGGAGGGGAUGCAGUACCCUCUUUGGACCCCUGGCUACCAAACUCCUGCAGUUCUGUGGGCUUUGAGGUUAAGAGGCAGACAGACUUUUCUUCUGUUGAACUGAACCAUUCAAGCAGACUAGUAGACGCUGCCCCGCGGCACAUGAGCAGUGGCCCACAUCCUUCCUCACAUUGUUGCUCGGCGGAAGACCCUUACUUUUCUUCACUCUCUUCAGAUGAUCCAGGAUCCCCGAUGUUUAUUGACUACUUUUCAGAGCUGUAUGAAACAGUUUCCCUUUCUUUCCCUGCUGCAACUUCCACAAUCCAGGCCUUGGAUUCUACCAAUGCCAGUCCUCCAGUGACAACAUCUCUGUCCCAGCAUGUUCACCCACUGGAUGGUAGGCAGGCAUCCUCGCAGAGAGCUUCUCCAGAUCCAGACGAUGAUGUUCCUCCCCCUCUGCCUGAGCGAACCCCAGAGUCCUUUAUUGUGGCCAAUGAAAUUGGUCAACCUCCACUGGCAAUGUCAAACCACCAACCUGUACCAAGAAAUAUAAACAUUGGAACCUCUUCAGAAUGGAGUGGGGUGUCUCAGCCAAAGAUAUUUGAUGACUCAGUAAGACUGAGGCCAAGUAAGGAUCCCAAAGCUCUCUACAAGAGUGCAUCUUCACUAGGAAAAAAGAGUGUGAAGCUCCGGAGCUCCAGCUCAGAGAAACAACGGGAUCGCUCUUCCUCCCCUCCUCCGCUUCCUGAAAGAACCCCUGAGUCAUUCUUUCUUGCCAAUGAGGAGAGUCUGCAACCUACUGUGAGGACUUCCACUAGCAACCCUGGGGACGCGGGAAAUAAAGCUUCUGAAGAGUCAUCAAAAGAGUCUGUGAAAUGCUUCAAGAGGAGUAAGAGCUUGAAAAUUUUACGUAACAUGAAAAAGAACAUCUGUAGCCCAUCUUCACUGGCAAAACCACCAGAAUCUGCCCAGUCAAACCACUCCAGCUCUUUCCUGAGCUUCGGCUUUACAAGUCGAUUUUCAAAACCUAAAGGACCAAGAAAUCCUCCACCAUCUUGGAAUAUUUAAUUCAACUUUACAGAUGCAUGUGGUUUGCAAUACUGCAGAUUUGCCAUAUCCCUCCAACAUGUUGCACAUGCUCUUCACAUUACAGAAUUGCUAUCAGAACAUUAGCACUAAAAAUGAUCUUCGCUGUAUAAAGUCUAGUUGUGACCAGAGAAUAGCAUACAAGCUCUCCUAAAUGAUUUUUGUAUAAAGAGGGAUGCACAAAUGCACAUAAGCUGCUUGAGCCUUCCAGUUAAUGUAAACUAAAAACAUAUCUGGAUGUAAACUAAAAACAUUUCAGGGAAAAAUGUUUUCCUUAUAAAACUGUUUCUGAAAACAGGCUAAAAUUUUUUUGGAGAAUUUAUAUCCUUUCUUUACAGUUUAUUUAUUAUGACAACGGACCCGAUUCUCCUGUCACAGUAGUAAGUCCCAAUUAAGUCAGUCAAGUGACACCACUGUAAAAUGAUGGUCCAGAGCCUCCCAUCACUUAAGCACAUGCAUAAUUUUACUCAUAUGUGUAGUCAUAAUUAAAGUUAUGCAUGUGCUUAACUGUUUGUAGAUUCAGGGUCUAAGUGAGAAUCAGGCUCUCAGAUUUCAGAACUCAUCUAUUUUCUUAAUGAUUAUAUUAACAUUGAU